GGGGCCUGGCCGGCAGAAGGCUGCUAUUUCUGCAGUGAGGCUCUGGACCCCAAGCCUGUGAAUGUUGUCACCUUCUGAAUAUGGACUCAGUGGUUUUCGAGGAUGUGGUUGUGGACUUCACCCAAGAGGAGUGGGCUAUGCUGAAUCCUUCUCAGAGGAAGCUCUACAGAGAUGUAAUGCUGGAGACCUUCAGGAACCUGGUCUCAGUAGAUGAUGAGACUCAAUUUAAAACCAUUGGGUCCAUUUCUCAGCAGGAUAGUUUUGGAGAAAAAUUAUCCAAUGAACAGAAAAUACCAAGAUUCACAAAAAAUGAUUUCUGGACCUCCCUUUUUGGAGAAAAUUGGGAAGACCAGUACAUUGAAGAUAAACACAACAAUGAGGGAAGAUAUUUGAGCAGAAGUCAUAUAGUGGAGAGACUCUGUGAAAGUAGCAAAGGUGAUACAUGUGGAGAAAUUGUCAGCCAUAUUCCAAAUAUUAAGCUGUACAAGAAAACUUCCAGUGGAGUAAAACUGUAUGAAUGCAGUCAGUGUGGAAAAGUCUUCAGGCAUCGUUCAUCCCUUAAGAGGCACAAAAGGAGUCACACUGGACGCAAACUUUAUCAAUGUGAGGAAUGUGGGAAAGCCUUCAGUUGUUCUUCAUACCUAAGGAAUCAUGUGAAAACUCACAGUGGAGAGAAACCCUAUGCAUGUCCGCUUUGUGGGAAAACAUUUAUUCGUUCCCAUUCCCUCACUGGACAUAUAAGGAGUCACACUGGAGAGAAACCCUAUGAGUGUAAGCAAUGUGGAAAAGCCUUCAGUUGCCCUAAAUCCUUUUGAGUACAUGUGAUGAUGCAUAAUGGUGGGAAACCCUAUGAAUGUAAGCAGUGUGGGAAAGGCUUUAGCUGUCCCAAAUCCUUUCGAGUACAUAUGAUAAUGCACACUGGAGAGAAACCCUAUGAAUGUAAGCAGUGUGGGAAAGGCUACUGUUGGCUCACAUCCUUUCAGAGACAUGUGAGAAUUCACAAUGGAGAGAAACCCUAUAAAUGUGAAAAAUGUGGGAAAGCAUUUGGUUGGCCCUCAUCCUUACACAAACAUGUCAGAGUGCACAC